GCCAGGACAAACGUUCGUUCUAUUCUCGAGGGUGAAGAAAAGGAUAAAGGAGUGAAUUUUACAUGGUGAAGCGUGCAAAGUGUAAGUGCUGUGCAAAGGUUUUACCGGUUUUUUGUUUGAACUGAUGCGACCGACCGCCAAAGCGAACCUGGCCCACGGCCAAGCGAUGGUGGUGGCAGCAAUCCUGAUGUCACUGGCCACGGUCGGUUCCGUACCGACGUCGGUGUUGGCGGAGGCCUCCAAGGAAGCCAACGGUGGUCAUCGAGACGUAACGGCAACCCCGAGGCUAAAUCAGCUGACCACCGAUGAUGCCUCGUACGGUGACGACCGGUCGGGUCCAUCGAACCCUCAGAAACGUGGAGUAAACCCACUACUCUACCGAGAGACCGAACUCCGGAACGACUACUCCGGUAACUCGAUCCCCCAGAACGGUGUCUGGGAGGAGGUGGGCGUACCGCUUCCAGGCAUGCCCUAUCCGAUGGAACUGUUCGAUGCACCCAUCGAGCCAGGCCCUCUCGACCGGUACGGCCCACAGCUGCAGCAGCAGCAGCAGCAACGGACGUACGAUGUGCUGCAGAGCCUGCUGAACCGCCAACCCUCGUACAAUCCACUGUUCACUGUCGGCAGACCUGUCGUGGCCGGUGGAUAUCCGGUACGAAUGCAUGGUGCCGAGCGUAAGAAGCGUACACCGGUCGCUGCAUCAGGGACCGGAAAAUCUCAUUCCCGAUUGAUGCGCCUGAAGCGUAGCCCUGGAAAGUUAUCACCGGCCGAAGUGUUUUCACUGCUCGCUUUGAUGGAUGCACGUGACCCAUACCGACCGCUGCCUGAGUAUAUUCCGGACGACCCAUCGAACGAUGUGUUGGCUUACGCGCCGAAUGGAAUGUAUCCGGACGUUGCACUACCAUUGGCAUUGGAACAACUGCUCGGAGCACGGGGUGCGGCUGGUCCGGCCGAUGGAUACGCGUACGACGAUGCGGGCGAGUGGAUGAACGGAUGGACGGAACCGUCAGUGGAUUAUAUGGGGAUUCCGAUGGCUGAUUUGGAUGCUCUUGGUGCGCUUAACGAUGGCAAAGGAUUUGGUUCUAUGAAUGGAUACUUGCCCCAGAAACGCUUCAUGGUGUCCAAGAAGAAGCGAAGCGUUUCACAGGCAACGCCAGCGACCACAGCUCACCACCCGGGAGGAACGAUUCAAGCGGCCGCUUAAGGCACCUCCA